GCGGGCGGCUGCGAGGAGCGGCCGGUGGUGGCGGCGGCGGCAGCGGCGGGUGGCGGCAGCGGUCAGCGGUCGGCCAUGGCGGAGGCGGAGGCCGGUGGCGACGAAGCCCGCUGCGUGCGGCUGAGCGCCGAGCGGGCCAAGUUGCUGCUGGCCGAGGUGGACACGCUGCUGUUCGACUGCGAUGGCGUGCUGUGGCGCGGCGAGACGGCCGUGCCGGGCGCGCCGGAGACUCUGCGGGCUCUGCGGGCCCGCGGCAAACGACUGGGCUUCAUCACCAACAACAGCAGCAAGACUCGCACGGCCUACGCGGAGAAGCUAAGGCGCUUGGGUUUCGGCGGCCCGGUGGGGCCCGAAGCUGGCCUCGAGGUCUUCGGCACGGCCUAUUGCAGCGCGCUCUAUCUGCGCCAACGCCUGGCCGGCGUGCCGGACCCCAAGGCCUACGUGCUGGGCAGCCCGGCCUUAGCCGCCGAGCUGGAGGCCGUGGGUGUCACUAGCGUGGGCGUGGGCCCGGACGUGCUUCACGGCGAUGGCCCAAGCGACUGGCUAGCCGUGCCGCUCGAACCCGACGUGCGCGCGGUAGUGGUGGGCUUCGACCCACACUUCAGCUACAUGAAGCUCACCAAGGCCGUGCGGUACCUGCAGCAGCCCGACUGUCUGCUCGUGGGCACCAACAUGGACAACCGGCUCCCGCUAGAGAACGGCCGUUUCAUUGCGGGUACCGGCUGUCUGGUGCGAGCCGUGGAGAUGGCCGCCCAGCGCCAGGCGGACAUCAUCGGGAAGCCUAGCCGCUUCAUCUUCGACUGCGUGUCCCAGGAGUAUGGUAUCAACCCGGAGCGCACCGUCAUGGUGGGAGACCGCCUGGACACAGACAUCCUCCUGGGCUCCACCUGUAGCCUGAAGACUAUCCUGACCCUCACCGGAGUCUCCAGUCUUGAGGAUGUGAAGAGCAAUCAGGAAAGUGACUGCAUGUUCAAGAAGAAAAUGGUCCCUGACUUCUAUGUUGACAGCAUAGCCGACCUCUUGCCUGCCCUUCAAGGUUAAAGAUCUAGUGUCUUUAAUCUCUGGAAUAAAAAAAAGAAAAAAAGAAAAAGAAAAAGAAAAUCAGCUCCCUAAAUUAAUAGUGGGGCUUAGAAAUUGCUGUUAGGUGGCUGCAGGUUAACUGAAGUAAUAAGCAAAGGCAGUAGUUAAUCUCGUAAGUAAACGUUGGGGGGGGGUUGUUUACAGAGAAUUAUAUUUUAAGAUGCACUUUUAAGCUUGGAAGGCAUUAUGGGGUGAGCAUAGCACGUGCCCAACAUUCAGGUAACCUCAGGCCCUGUUGCUGAGACUGAAAUGGGUCAAGGGUUGUGUGUCAUGCUUUUUACUGAAAUGUAAUCAGGGAUCAGGCCCUAAGGUGGGCAAAGAGUUAAAAAGGGCUCUUAAUGACACAGAGACCAAAAACUGGGGUUUCCCUCUAAUGAUCCUGCAGCACAGGCGCCUGCUACUGCAUCCCAGUUCCUCACCUGUGGGGUGGGAGCGGAGCGCUCUCCAGUUGGGGUUGGAAUGCCAACCCUGACAGCCUCGGUUCACUCUGCUGCUUUGCCAUCACAGUUGUCUGUUUUGUUUCAGACAGUACUGCAUACCCUCAUGCACAGUAACAGCCCAGCUAAACUUUGUCUUUUGUGAGCUUAGCCCAGGCGUCUUCAGUGUGGCCUGCUGAGCAGCCCGCAGCGCCAGCCAUGCUGCUUUACAGGGAGCUAGAACAGUCAGGUGGUUUUUUUGUUUUUUUCAAACUAGCGAACAACACUGUCAAGUGUGAAAUUGGAUCUUAAGUGUGUGGAUUAAUAGCUGUGCUGUCACAAAGGUAAACCACACUGAAGAAAUGUCCUGUCCCAGGCAGCAGCAUAGCCAGUGUGGGAGCCAAGGACUGUCUGGUUCCCCAGUCCUCUGGGUAGGCAGGAGUCAGUCCUGAGGAGAGUUACGUCUCUAGGAACGCACCCAACCCCUUGUCCAGGUCAGUUCUGGUUGUAGACAGGUGGACUUUCUUGUUGGUGGCCAGCCACAAGGCCUACUAGCCAGUUGGCUUCUCAGCAUCUCUGGCCUUUUCCUCUGCACUUCCAGUCCCUGACCUUUCAGUGUGCUGAGCAGACUGGGAAGUUGUUCCUUUUGGCUGACUCCUUUCUGGCACCAUGCCCUGUACCAAGUGGCUAUGCUCAUGGCCACAGCACUUCACCUGCUCACCAAGUACUCAGAGCAAUAAAAGGUAUUCAUCCAUGCCUGAAGCUGCUCCCAGGUCAGGGGCGGGAGUGGAAUGGUGCCAUAGAUCAACACGACCUACUCACCAAGUUCUCAGAGCAAUAAAAGAUAUCCAGCUGUACCCGGGCCAGGGAUGGGAGUGGAGGGUGCGUGCCAUAGAUCAACACAAAGGCAGUAGUGCCAGUGACAUUGGUGUUGCUGAUCCUUGGAGUCUGGAUAAUGACCAGGCUUGGCAGAUGCGUAGCCAGGGGGACCCUCCUCUGUGUGUGUGUGAUCAGCUUGUCUCUGUGUGAUCUCAAAUGCACAUUAAACUCUCAAACCCAU